AUGUCUGGCGAAGACACUCAGAACAGGUUGGAAGCAAUCAAGCAGUAUCUUGAGUCAUCGUCAGCCUCUCGGUCUUCAAGAAUUAUUACUAAUAAUCUGCUCUUUCAACGUCUUGCUCCGCAAGAAAAUCCUGUUAAAGUGCCAUUACCGUCUGACAAUGAAUCUGAUUCUGACGAUUCAGUUCGAUCUUAUAGAACAAUGGCUCAGGAAAGGACAUUGAAAGAGUUGGCAGCGCCAAAUCUUGACCAACAACCACUAUGCAUCCAAUAUCCACCGUUGGAUGUAAACUUUGAGCUGAAGUCGGGCCUCAUCCACUUAUUGCCUUCUUUCCAUGGGCUGCCUGGUGAGGAUCCGAAUAAACAUUUGAAGGAGUUUCAUAUUGUCUGUUCUAGUAUGAAACCCGCUGCAGUGACUGAGGAACAGAUUAAGCUGCGAGCUUUUCCUUUCUCUCUAAAGGAUGCAGCUAAAGAGUGGUUGUACUAUCUUCCACCUGGUACUGUUGAAACUUGGAAUGGUAUGAAGACUAUGUUCCUAGAACGAUACUUUCCGGCAUCUAAAGUUGGAAGCAUCAGGAAGGAGAUCUGUGGUAUAAGGCAGUAUACAGGAGAGUCUUUGUAUGAGUAUUGGGAGAGAUUUAAGAGGUUGUGUGCUAGCUGCCCUCAUCAUCAGAUAAGUGAACAGCUCCUCAUUCAGUACUUUUAUGAAGGAUUACAAUCACUGGAUAGGAGUAUGAUUGAUGCAGCCAGUGGGGGUGCACUAGUUGAUAAGACUCCUGCUGCAGCCAGGAGCUUGAUUUCUAAUAUGGCUGCUAACUCACAACAGUUUGGCAUUCGUCAAGAUCCUGUUCCACCGCCCAAAUCAGCUAAUGAAGUGAGCACCUCUAAUGCUAAUCAGCUGGGUCAACAAUUGGCUCAAUUAACUGCAGUGGUACAACAACUAGCUUUGGGCCAACAGGUGCAGCCAUGUGGAAUCUGUCAAGUAGUGGGGCACCCUACUGAUACGUGCCCCACUCUAGUAGAGGGAGAAACUGAGGGUGUUAAUGCUGUGGGAAAUUUUCCUGGUCAAUUACGUCAGAUGUAUUAUGAACCAUUUUCACAAACUUAUAAUCCUGGCUGGCGUGAUCAUCCAAACCUUCGAUAUGGGAAUCAUCAACAAAUAGCUCAACAACCAACAGCAGCAAGACCACCUGGUUUCACUACACAACAGAGGUCUCAAAAUAAUUAUGUACCUAGACCAUCACAACCACCGCAGGCUGCUCCACAACCAAGUGCCAAAACUUCUACUGAGGAUUUAAUCAAUGCACUUGCUACAAAUACUCUUCAAUUUCAGCAAACCACCCAAGCGUCCAUCAAAAGUUUGGAGAAUCAGGUGGGACAAUUAGCAGCAUCAUAUAACCGGUUGGAGGCUCAUCUAUCAAAUAAAUUGCCUUCACAACCUGAGAUGAAUCCCAAGGAGAAUGCUAGUGCAGUGACUUUGCGCAGUGGGACGCAAUAUGAUCCACCUAUUAAUGAAGAUGUUCCUCCAAAGCCAACCACCCCUACACAACUCAGCCCUAAGCCUACUAUUGUCAUUCCACCUCCAUUCCCAAGCAGACUGAAAAAGACUAAAAAGGAAGAGGUUGACAAGGAAAUUCUUGAUACAUUUCGAAAGGUAGAAGUGAAUAUCCCUCUUCUUGACGCUAUUAAACAAGUGUCGCGCUAUGCCAAGUUUCUGAAAGAGUUGUGCACUAAUAAGCGUAAGUUGAGGGGUAAUGAAAAAGUUAGUGUGGGGGAGAAUGUUUCCGCAGUUCUACAAAAGAAGCUUCCACCAAAGUGUAAGGAUCCUGGUACUUUUACUAUCCCUUGCACUAUUGGUAAUAAAAGAAUUGAGCGAUGUAUGUUGGAUUUGGGAGCCUCUAUCAAUGUCAUGCCAUUCUCCAUUUAUGCUUCAUUGAAUCUCGAUCCACUUGAAGAGACAGGGGUGAUUAUUCAACUUGCUGAUCGGUCGAAUGCUUAUCCCAGGGGUGUAAUAGAAGAUGUUUUAGUUCAAGUAAAUGAAUUGGUGUUUCCGGCUGAUUUUUAUGUUCUUGAUAUGGAAGAUGAAUCUAUUCCAUGCUCCACUCCAAUUUUGUUGGGGAGACCAUUCAUGAAGACUGCGAGAACUAAGAUUGAUGUGCAUGACGGUACGUUGACCAUGGAAUUUGAUGGGGAGACAAUUCGAUUUAAUAUUUUUGAGGCUAUGAGGUAUCCAAGUGAUGUACAUGCUGUUUACUCUCUUGAUGUGUUGGAUAUUCUUUCUCAACGAGUUUUAGAUUUGCAUAGUUAA